AGCUUAAAGGCAGAGAUGUUUGCGUUCAACCAACGACUUCACGAGAAGUGGUCUGAAGAUAGUCUUAAGAUAUCAUUCACUCACCAGUCAUUUGUCGACAAAGAGGUCCGACAGCGGGAAGAGCUCGGAGUGAAAGACGUGUCCAUUAAUGUGAAGGCGAACAACGAGUUCAUACAAAACGGGCAAAACAUUUGCCAAUCAUUUAUCAAAACAUAUUUAAGACAUUUCUUGCCACGACUUCCAGAGGACGGCGUUUGUGCAAUUCACGACUAUCUGACCAGCGAUGAAGUCCUGGCAGACGUCGCCAAAUGGAUCGGUUGUAUUGAUUUGGUUUUGUGUGAAGAAUUUCCACCAAAUGAGGCCACUUUAGCCAAUACUGUUUGGGCACUGAUCGGUGCGGCGGCCGAAGACCACACCAUAAAAAGAGCCGAAAAUUUUAUAUUGGAUUUUACUACUGCGGGAAAGCGCCGCCGGGACUAUAGAGGCCUGUUAUGUGGUCGGCAUUUACGUCGANUCUUAAGCCGCGAACGAUUACCCGCUCCUGAAUAUAGACUACUGCGGGAAAGCGCCGCCGGGACUAUAGAGGCCUGUUAUGUGGUCGGCAUUUACGUCGAUAAGCAGUUCAUCGGUUCCGCUCCGGGAGAGACCAUCGAAAUCGGCAAACAGAUGGCCGAAUUGGAUGCACUCCGAAGACUGUUCCGAUUGCAAGCGUCAGAAGUUUUGUUCAAAUUCGGUCCAAAAGCAUACGAUAUAGAUAUGAGUGAAUCGUCUAAAGAGACGCUUCAUUUGGACGAAUGGUCGCCGUCUUUGUUGGAUAAGAAACGAAUGAAAACUAAACAAAUUUUAUAAUCAUUUAAUUUGUUCAACAAAUUGAGUC